CCUGAAGUUCCUGAAGUAACACACCCUAACCUCCUACCGUAACUAGAGUAUAGCCCGGCUCUUGAACGUGAGCUAUUACCCUUAUUCCAGCGAUCCGAUCCCUCCGAUCCCAACACGCAAUGGCGGUCCACAGCCUCUUGUGCCCACCAUACCAGUAUUAUCGCCCAGAGUCACGAAUACCGGUAGCGAAAGAGAAGAGCCCACAAUGCUGCCGACCUCACCCGCCACCCCAAAGUUUCGCGAUGCAAACCUCGUGGAAAAGAAUCCCCUAAUGCCGCUCGCCCGGGCAGCAAAGACGAGGAACGAAGAUACCAUGCAGGCGCUCCAAGUCCGGAGGGACGUUCACUCUGGUGUGAUUGACACAUUCAGCCGAGUACCACUGAUUCGGGCAUUACUCUACGGUUGCGCGCGCGGCGAAUCUACUCGUCGAACUAACGCGGUAACGGCCUUCACCCCACAGACGAUACAGUCAUGGAGCACUCUCGUGGGGCCGGCUGCGAAGAAAUUGCCAAAAUAUUAUUGCCAAAACACGGGACCGAUGUCGACCUCAGCGGCAGCCUGGAUCUGCGCACCCUAUCCUAGGCGGUUAAGGAUGGCCACGACCUCCAUCACAGGAUGAGGGUAUGGAAGGUAAUCUACGCGACAUUCGGGGGCCGGUGUCCACUCUCGCGCGCCACUGAACUGGGUCGGGAAGUCAUCGUGAAACCCUUGUUGCACCAUGUGGACGUCUGCCCCAGCUCGACCGACCUAAUUCUCCGACAGACGCCACUCUACUGAACUGCUCAGGCGGACGCUGUGAAAUUACUACUUGAGAUAGGAGACAUCAUGCCGACUACCCCCCCCCAGCGUUGCCGGACGUACACCGCUAGAACACGUGAUCACGAGCAACUACGAAUGGUAAGACUGUUACUAUACUGGUAUCGUCAAUCGAGGAUAACGAGAUUACCUACCCGCCGCCCACCUCCGCUACUUCCCGUAGGCGGGAAUGGUUUACGAAAAGGUUACCGGAGCAGGCGGCAUCGACCAGAUUCUUCCAGACACAGAUCGGACAACCCCUUCCCGGCGGCUCCGACUCCCCGCAAUCCUGAGCUUGCGGAGUUAUUAACAGACUGUGACAGCGAUGCUGACCCUUACUAUGCUAAUAAUUGUGGCCAAAUCCCCUUACAUCGCGUGGGCAGGCUGGGAAAACGAUUAGGUAUCAAUUCGGCUUCUGGGAAGGGACGAAAUCGAGCUUAA